GUACUUUUGAAGAAUUUACGUAUUUUAAAAAAUGUUUUGGGUUUUUUGCAAUAGUUGCUUUAUCAAACCCAGUCAAGGAAAAAAGAAAAGGCAAUUCUUUAUGACCAGCUGCUGUCAUAUACUAUGUGAUAAUUGCACUCAAUUAGAUGCGAAGACUUGUAAAAAAUGUGCAUCUCCUUGUAUGAUCGUUCAAUGUAAUAAUCAGAUGCCGGAAGAAAUUAAAGAGGUAUUUAUUGAUGUAAGUGAUACCAUACCUAAAUUAAUCAAAGUGCUGGAUUUCCAAGAGAAAAAUCGAUCUAAAUUAAUGGCUUAUUACAGGAACAAUGUUGAAAAGUAUAAAACUGCAAAGGUAUAUGUUUCUGAGCUAGAACAGAAGCUUCAUACUGCAAAGCAAAAAUAUGAAGCCUGCAAAGUUGCUCUAAAUAAACAACAGAGCAAUAUUGAAGUGCUGAUCAAAAAAUAUCAGUGGUAUAAAGAAAAAUGUGGAAAUCUUGAAGCCUCAUCUAGAACACCAUCUUCAUUAAACUUAAAUACUUCUAGAAAUAUUGCAAACCAACAUUUUACACCCACAAGUGCAAAACAAUCAGUUUUUUCAAUGAGUGCGCCUCGUACUCCUUCAAAUAAUCACAGGCCCAUUCAUACCAAUCGCUUCUUAACUCCUGAAUCAAUAGUUUCGAGCUAUAGGUCAUCAAAUAGUUCUGGUAGCUUAACUGGCUCAAGCAAAGCAACAUUAGCUGGUUUUACACCUCCUUCUGAUAGCUUUCAACUCCUUUCAUUAUUCAAUAAAAACAAAAUGUAA